AUGGCUUCCCUCAACCUCUCGACGAACGGCCCAUCGAUAACGAAAAGCUACCAGUCGGUGGUAAAUGCCCCAGCUCCCACCGGUCCCGCCGCGGCCUCCCCAACAUACGGAUCAUGGGCCCUGUUCUCCGUUACAGCUCCGCUGGUAAAUGCAUUCCAACAAGGCGGUGCUCAGAAGGAGAGUGUACUGAAGGUCCAAAGCACUGGAGAGGGAGAACUAGUAGACUUGAUCGAGGACUUCUCUGAUGGGAAGAUACAGUUCGGUUUCGUCAAAGUAAAGGACCCGAAUACCAGUCUUCCAAAACAUGUUCUCAUAGCAUGGUGCGGAGAGGGAGUCCCUGAACGAACCAAGGGCUACUUCACCAGCCAUCUGGCGGCAGUCUCGAAAUUCUUGCAGGGCUACCAUGUCCAAGUUACUGCACGAUCUGACCGUGACCUUACUCCCGAAAGUAUUAUUCAAAAGGUAGCUGAUGCAUCCGGUGCUAAAUACUCUGGAGACGCUUCUGUUCCACCUCCCACUUCGACGAAACCUCCGGUGGCAGCGAAGCCGGCCUUCAACCCUACCCGUACCGGGGGAUCGUUCAAACUUCCUGCGCGGGGUAGUCAACCCGGCUACGCAAAGAAUGAGCCAGUUGAUGAAGACGGAUGGGGAGCAGAUGCCCCUCCGGUUACGAGAACGCAGCUCGAGAAGGUUGCACCAGCAUACAAACCGACCACGGUAAAUAUGAAGGAGCUUACCUCGCAAAAGUCAGCUACAACCUCAGGACCUACUGUUGAGCGGGAGGCUUCCGGUGAUGUAGUCAAAGGUACAUACCAACCAAUUGGCAAGGUCGAUAUUGCAGCCAUCAGAAAGCAGGCACGAGAGGCUGGACAGGAUAUAAAUGACCGUCCAGAGGUAGUCAAGGGAGCUUAUCAACCUGUUGGAAAGGUAGACAUCGCUGCUAUCCGAGCCAAGGCUAAAGGUGAAGCUGGAAAUACCCCAAGCUCGAUCUCACCUGCAGCCACUGGAGGUUCUGGCGGUAACGAUGAACAGCCAAAAUCCCUCUCUGAACGCUCUGCAGCCUUCACUGCUUCAGAAAGGCUGACAAGUCUUCCCAAGCCGAAAGUCGCUAGUAAGUUUGGUGCUGCUGCUUCGUUCACUGGAACUAAAGCUCCUCUACCUGGCGGGUUCGAGGCCAAAACACCUGUGGCUGCAGCCCCCGUUGGAAUCGCCAGCCGCACUUUCGCCGACCAGGGAGGUAAAACGCCAGCUCAACUCUGGGCCGAAAAGAAAGCCAAACAGGGGGGUGUUGUUAACCCGUCGCCUGCUCCAGCGUCACAGCCUAGGGAUACGCAAUCAAGCCAGGAAACAGGCUGGAAGAGCUCAUAUACCGGAAAAUCUUGGGCUCCAGUUAACACAACGCACACGGGUACAUCCGCCAGCCAUGCAGAGGGCGCCGCUGCGGAAGAGGAGGAGAAGGAGGAACCCCAGACCGGAAAUGUCGGUUCUAUCCGAGACCGAUUUGCUCACGCUGCUCCCAUUGGCGUCUCCAAUUACGAACGGUCCGCCCCCUCUCCGCCGCCCCUUGAUACCAGCAACAAGCCUACUGCAGGCCGUGGUGUCCCAAUUCCCGGCCUUUCCCAGCCACCAGCUGCACCUGAACCAGCACACGAGGAAACUCAGCGCUCCGUCCCACCUCCACCUCCCGUCCCCGCCGAGCCAGAAGAGGAGGAACAAGAGGAAGCUCCCGGCUCGCCUAUCCGGGUAGCAAUGCCUGUUGGGCGUGGACCUGCGCACGAUGACCAUCCAACAGAGCCAGAGCAACCACCAGCGCCAGUAAUUACUCAACACCAGGCUGUGCAUGAAGAAGUGCCAGAACCACCAAAGGAGGAAGAGCAAACUCAUACCGCAGCACCGGUGGCUGGCAGUGGAAUCCAGGCCAUUGCGCAGUACGACUAUGAGAAAGCCGAAGACAACGAGAUUGAGUUGCGAGAGGGAGAGCGCAUCACCAACAUCGACAUGGUUGAUGAAGAUUGGUGGCUUGGGGUCAACUCCAGCGGUGAAGCCGGUCUCUUCCCAAGGAACUACGUUGAGCUCGUUGAGGGUGAAUCUGCCGCCGAAGUUGCUCCCCCAGCACCAGCUCAGCCUGCCCAUGAAGAACCAGCCGCACCAGCCGCAGCAGCCGCAGCUCCUCCACCUCCACCCGCAGCACCACCCGCAGCCGCCAAACAACACACAGCCACUGCCCUGUAUGACUAUGAGGCAGCAGAGGACAACGAGCUUAGCUUCCCAGAAGACGCUAAAAUUACCAAUAUCGAAUUCCCCGAUGAAGAUUGGUGGACGGGCGAAUACCAGGGUAAAGUGGGUUUAUUCCCGGCGAACUAUGUGCAGCUCGACAACUAA